AUGUGGUCGCUGCAAAGCCCUGUGAAAACCGCCCAAUUGAACUCACCGGAUUUUGCCGAAUUGCCGUUGAUGAUAUCCACAAUCCUUGAGACUCAGUCAAGUGGUUGGAGAACAGCGCGCGGCCCCAAACGACCUAAGGACUCUGCUCAAGAUAUCGAAUUUUGUUGCAUGGAGGAGCUCGAGUCUAUAUUCCACUGGGAGAUCUUCCAGCCCUCCCACCGCCUGCAAUUUGAGUCUUACACCCCGCUUGAUAUUGACGAAGAUGAGCUUCCUCUCGCAUCUGUCGAUUCUGUCCCUUUACUUGACUCCCAUGAAAGCCUAGGCUGA